GCGGCUCGAAUCUUCGCCAGUCCAGAACUUGCUGUUAACUCAAGCAAGUCGCUCCUGUGGACUUUCUGCUACAUUGCCCUAGAGGGAGAAUCGCAGACGCAAGCAAACUCCUGUAAUUCACGUGGUUGUCUCAAUCAAGAAGGCUUCAAGUCGGCUUUGAUUUCUUCAGGCUCAUUGCAUUGAGGAAUCCACACCGCCAGCCUCGUGCGAAAUAACUGAUUGUGUGACUGAAGCAGAGUUUGGUUCAGCGACAGCGACGAUGUCUCACAGCCACUACGCGAGUGCCUCGAGGGGAGCCCUCACGGGAGGAGCAAAUGACUUCGUUUUCGGAUACGCCCCAGGGGUGUCGGUGGUGGACAUCGUACCUCCUCAUAUGAAAGAUUUGAUUCAUCCUCACUGGAGUAGCUUCCCGCCCCCCAACCCCAUGUGGCACUACCUACUUGGGAUCAUUUACAUCGUAAUGGGCGUUUUGGCAACCUUUGGCAACGGCGUUGUGAUUUACCUGUACAUGAAAAUCAAGAAGCUGCGGACGCCGUCCAACUUGCUGGUGCUGAACCUCGCCAUCAUGGACAUGCUGAUGCUGCUGUCGCAGUUCCCGUUCUUCGUCUACAACUGCUUCCACGGUGGAGUUUGGGCCUUCUCACCCUUCAUGUGCGAGCUAUAUGCCUGCUUCGGAGCCAUCUCAGGCCUCGGCUCGCUCUGGACUCUCGUGUUCAUCAGUUACGACAGGUACAACGUGAUCGUUAAAGGCGUCGGAGGCAAGCCGCUGAGCUUCGGUAAGGCCAUGAUGUGUUUGGUCUUCGUCUGGGGCUACGCCACCGCCAUCUCCUUGCCCCCCUUCUUCGGCUGGGGGCGCUACAUUCCUGAAGGUAUUCUCGACUCGUGCUCGUUCGACUAUCUGUCUCGAGACUGGAGCAUUCGGUCUCACGGAGUGUUCCUCUUCUUCUUCUGCUACUGCGUGCCUCUAAGCACCAUUUUGUACUCGUACGUCUACAUCGUAAAGGCCAUAAUUUCGCACGAGAAGGCCAUGAGGGAGCAAGCCAAGAAAAUGAACGUCACGAACUUACGAUCUGGCAAGGAUGAUGGCGGGCAGAGCGCCGAGAUGCGUGUCGCUAAAGUCGCCUGCAUCAACGUGACUCUAUGGCUCGUCUGCUGGACGCCAUACGCAGCUAUUGUUCUCCAGGGCCUGUUCUUCGACCAGUCGAGCAUCACGCCGCUGGUGUCGAUGCUACCGGCGCUGCUGUGCAAGACCACCGCCUGCUACAACCCCAUGGUGUAUGCGCUCAGCCACCCGCGCUUCCGUCAGGCAAUGAUGACGGAGAUUCCAUGCUGCUGCGUGCACGAGCCUGACGACAGCACGGCUGAGAGUAAGAGCGCCGUCACGGAGCAGCAGGUUGCCGAGAAGUGAACUCCUCUCAACCACUCGUGACUGGACUAUCUUUUCCAACUUAUAACUAUCCUUUCCUAUCAAUUCCUUUAUGUUUUUAGUCCUCUAUGACGAUGAUCCCAGUCUAUUCAAUUAUUUACUUAAAAUUCUGAAGAUAUACCAUUGAAAUUUGCCUGUUACCUUUUUCUUUUGAAAUAUUGUAAAAAUGUUCACCAGAUUUAUUAAUUAUCGAUACGAUCGCUGUAUUCCCGGCCAUACAUGUUGAAUAGUUUAAUAAAGCUCAUCUCAUUGCUCUGAUAGUUACAGGCAGAAUCCCGGGUGGUAAAUUAAAAAAGUAGUUAACUAUAACAAAAUAUAAUUAAUGAAUCAAAUUAGAAUUUUAUUUGAGGUAUCGCGAACUGUAAUUAAUAUAACCUCAUUAACCUGAAUUGCCUGGCACAUUCAACUCAAUUUCAAAUAUUAAUUAGAAAUCACAUCGCUUUGAAGCAGCGAAGAAUUCCGACGGACGCAAGAUCAAAAGUUACCCUUUUUAUGUCAGAAUUAUAUUUUGGAUGUUUAUAUUUUUUGUUCGCACUUUUGUUGCUUUACGAAAAUGUUUUAUUUAAACGAACGCCUGCAGCAGCCAUGUGUAUCUGUAACCUCAUACACUAUGAGGCUACCAUGAAUGCCUGCAACAGACUUAUAUGUCUUUAAUCCUCAUACACUAAAAGGUUAUACAAGUACCAUAUGAAGUACAGAGGGUCCACGGUUCCAGAACAUUCACCAGAAACACAUCGCGGAACUCAUUUUUCUUAGUUUUAAAUAAUUCAGUUCAUCUAAGCCAUAUUACAGAAGUUAUUUGCGACUAGAGGAAAAUAUAAGUAAAUUAAUUUAGAAUAUAAAAGCGAUGUGCCUCCGCGCUUCGUUUUAUGCAAUCACUAUGUGAAUAGUUGCAUAAAAAAUGCCGCGAAACUUUGGAGUAUUGCUUGGUCUGCUAACUUCCACUUGAUACAAAUACAAACGCAAUCAUACAGUAACAUGAUUUUCAGCCUGAUGAAACUAUUAAUGCAGUUGGAUAUUUUGCGGUGGUGUGAUUUACCAUUCGGUGGAAUAUUAACCGUUUAUUCCAUAUGUAAUGGGGCCCGCUUUUAUUUUACACAUUUUACGCUUGACUUACAUCUUGUUUUUUUUUUCAGAAUUCAUACGGACGGAUACUUCAUGUGUAUAAGUUGCUUCUAAAGUUAUACAUAUUUACUAAUGUUCAAAACCCUUGUACGUUGACUAUUUUCCGCGGCGGAUCAAGCACGGUUAUAAAUAUUUCAGAUAUUUGACAAUAAACAUACGAUUAGAUAUUUCCAAUUUAAUUGUGUCCAACAGAUCACUAAUGUGGAGGGAUAUUUUCUCAUUAAUCACAUUUCCAGUAGGCUCAGAUGUCUCCCAUUUAGCGAUCACAUUACGUAUGCUUCCGAUGGAAAUUUUACGAAGUGUCUUUUUUCCUCGAACGGCUAAAAAAUUGACUCACCAUGUUUGAAUCACACAUAAAAAUUCCGCAUCAUCCCCGAGUUCAUGAAAAGUAUUCGGUUUGAUAUUAACCCGCAUGUCUGCAUUUGAUACCAUCGCGAGGUAAGAGAUCAGCUGUAUCGGUAGCUACAUCCCCCCCCUGAGCGGUGAUGGUCCUGUAGAUUCACAGUGGAAGAAACUUUGAAAAAAAUUGUCUUCAUCUU